AUGCGUACCUUUACAAUGUCUCGUCAGCCAUGUUCGGGGCCAUGUCACCACAGCGAAUGCAGUAUACCCAGUCUCUCUCUCUCGGAUUAUGGACAUUAUCUCAGUCACCAACUGAACACUCGCAUGUUAAGUCUUGGAAACUGGAAUCUUCCUUGCUUCGCCCUCGCAGAUAAAUCACGAAACCACAACUUUGUGGGUCGAGAGCGCAUCUUGAAUUCAAUGGAUGACUACCUCCUUCCUCAAGAAACGUCUCUCCCCGCAGAUAUGACUAGUAUCCGCAGUUUUGCAAUUUGCGGAGAAAGCGGUAUGGGCAAAACCGAUUUAGCCAUUGAAUAUGCCUACUCAAGAAGACACCAGUUCGGGGCUGUGUUUUGGCUGCACGCUGGCAGUGCGGCUGAAUUGACGACCGACUUUUGUCAAAUCUCGGGCUACCUAGGCCUUGCAAAUGGAUACAGCCACCCCACGCUCGAAUCAAGGAGGAAACUUGCCAAAGCUUGGUUGAAUAAUCCAAAGAAGAGUGUGGAUUGGGGCGUGAAUUGUCGGUGGUUAUUGAUUUUUGACAAUGCCGAUGAUUUGGACGUUAUUGCGGAUUAUAUUCCCUAUGGUGGGAACGGAUCGAUCUUGAUUACGAGUCGAAAUUAUGCUGCGAGGGAUCGGUUCUUCGAGGAUGGACCGGGUGUUGAUUUGGAUCCUUUUUCUGCGGGCGAAGCAGCUACCUUGCUACAACGGCUGGUACUAGGCGUGGAUGGAAGGCUGAGUCGGACUGAUCAGAAAGCUUUGAUGAAGAUAGCAAGCUUGUCGGGAGGUGUGCCCGGAGAUAUCACGCGAAUUGCCGAGUCGAUUCGAGAUGAAUCCCUCCCCCUUCGAGAAUUUGCCGAUCUGUUUGCUCGAGAUAUGGCCCGCUUAGCACAGGUAAGAGUCCACGCCUAUCAACAUUGA